CGGUCAGUUAUGAUGAAUUCGCGAUGAAUUUUGUAGUGAGAUUGAUUAGGCCUAUUUUCCUAUUAGUCGUAAUUUUUACAUUCAAGACUCGUUCAAUUUUGGUAGAAAAGUCAGAAAAAUCACCUCCUUACUUCGUCCAGCAACCUACCACCGAAGAAAUACUGUUCUACGUACAAAGACAUACCAACGAUUCUUCUACAGAACGACGCUUUGAGAUACCUUGCGAAGCUAAAGGAAUCCCUGAACCAGAUUAUUUUUGGACCAAAAAUGGUGAACUUUUCAACUGGACCUCCGAAAGCGAUCGGAUUUCCCAAGAACUUGGUAAAGGAACGCUGGUUGUAGGUCGUCCAGAAGCCAGCGAUGAAGGCCAAUAUCAAUGUUUCGCUAAGAACAUUUGGGGUAUAGCGACUUCGAAUUCGGUUUUUGCUCGUAGAAUACAGCUGGGCUCGUUCAGACAUGAAUCGACGGUGGUCGUCAAAACAGCAACCGAAGGUCAACCUUACAAUUUAACUUGUCAGGCUCCCAGUGGAUAUCCUAAACCGAAUAUUGAUUGGGUAAAACAGGAAACCGACGGAAAAAUGUUUGGAAUCAAGAACUCUCGAAUUGCCGUUGAUCCAGAAGGAACUUUAUGGUUUUCGAGUAUUGCUCUCGUAGACGCUGUUGAAGAUUUGUUUUACGUGUGUGCAGUUACAUCACCUAACAUAAGCGAACUAAAAACUGGUGACAAGGUCAUACUACAAGUAGAACCAGCAGAUCCUCCCCAAGAGAAUGAAACUGCUCCAGUACGACUAUACACCAGUAAAAACGAAGAAGUAGCUAUACACGGUGGAAAAAUUAGUUUAUAUUGCAUAUUCGGCGGAAACCCUUUGCCCAACAUAACCUGGAGAAAAAAUGGACAGCUCUUGACAUUUCGAAACGGUACUUCAUCUAAAAUCUUGGAAAGAAAACGAGCUAUCACAUCGGACGAGGGGAACUACACUUGUAAAGCUAGUAAUGGCUACGGCGACCCAAUAUCCCACACAAUCGCUUUGAAAGUUCUAGUGAAACCACAUUUCGUCAAAAAACCAAAAAACUUCAUUGUUCACGAAGAAGAGACUGUCAAAUUUUACUGCCAAGCCACAGGAAACCCACAGCCAGAGAUCAUCUGGACACACAAUGGAAAACCUUUAUCCGAAGCUCCGUCGAAUCCCAGACGUACCAUUUCUGGCAAUUCCAUCGUCAUUGAGGGCCUUUGGAAAAAUGAUACUGGAAAUUACGGAUGCAACGCUACCAACAGCGUGGGUUAUGUUUAUCAAGAUGCAUUCGUCAAUGUUCUCGAUGCUGAAAACCGAAUAGCCAAACCAAGUACAACAGAAUCAUCAGACUUGCCUGUGGCAAAGAUCACCCUGAUAGUUUUAAUUAUAUCUGGAGUGGUCAUCAUCGUUCUAAUAUUAGUAUUUUUCAAGAAACUACUCGUUAAUCAAAGGAAGAAAUACAUACUUCACAAGCAACGAAUCGAUAAUCGGAGACCAGAAUAUCUAGAGGAUCCCAGUAUUCAAGAACAUACACAGCCGUUAAAUGAUGGUACUCCAGUUGAUCCCACGUACGUCAGAUUCGUUUUUCCAUAUCAGAUGGACUUGGCGAGGUCGUGAUCUCAUUAAAUUACAUUAGUCCUUUUGUAACAUUUAUUUUUUCAUGAAAGUAUUACAUUUCUCUUUUUAUUUUUUUCGUUUUUAUAGUUUUGCGGUAACCUCGAGUGUAACAACAUUUCAAAAUA